AUGUCAGACGAAGAAAUACCCAGUAAACGGCGACGCGUUGACGAGAAGGACAUCUCUAGCAAGGUGGACGCUAAAGAGCUAUAUAAAAAAAUACUAUCACAUCGCGCUCUGCCGGUAGACUUGGAUCGCUACGGAUAUCCAAGACCAGAUGAACAACACCCUGGGAAGGCUAAAUUUAGCAAUCUUUCAUCAGUUCAACCAUUUAACGAUUCAAACAAUAAGACAUGCGUAAGAUGCCAAAAAUCAUUUUUACUGACUGAGGCAAUAGGAAACACCUCCGUCGGGAAAUGCUUUUAUCACAAGCGGAGGUCGUAUCAGGGAAGGCCACACGAUUGUUGUGGCAGGCGAAGGGGUUCAAGAGGUUGCCGUACUGCUGAUAACCAUGUACACGAUGAUAACUUGAGAGAUCCUUCAAACUACAUCUCGACCAUCAAAAAAACGGUUCCUGAUGAUGGAAGUCCUGGCAUAUAUUCAAUUGAUGGAGAAAUGUCGUACACUGUCAAAGGCAGAGAACUUACCCAAGUGACGGUUGUUGAUCAUAACGAUGAAGUAAUUUACAACGAAUAUGUGAAAACCAGAAAGCCAAAUUAUUGA